AUAACAUUUGGAAACAGCCAGCAGAAUGACAUGAAUAGAAAGUGAGACUUACGGCUUUAUUGGAUGUCUACAAGGAUGCAUCCAUGCUCUUGUGACACGUUCGUGGCUCUGCCUCCAUCCACAGAGGGUCAACGCAUCAUUUUUGGGAAAAACUCAGACAGACCCUGUGAUGAGGUCCAAGAGGUUGUGUACUUUCCAGCCAAGGAUUAUGGCCCUGGAGAAAAAGUGGAGUGCACAUACAUUGAGAUUGAGCAAGCCUCUCAAACAUAUGCAGUGGUUCUGAGCAGGCCAGCAUGGCUUUGGGGAGCAGAAAUGGGAGCCAAUGAGCACCAGGUCUGCAUCGGAAAUGAGGCCGUAUGGGGACGGGAGAGUGCAGAUGAUGAUGAGGCAUUGCUGGGCAUGGAUCUGGUGAGGCUGGGUCUGGAGAGGGCAGACACCGCUGUUAAGGCUGUGGAUAUCAUCGCAGAGCUGCUGGAGAAAUACGGCCAAGGAGGAAACUGCAUGGAGGACCAGUGUGGUUUCACCUACCACAACAGCUUCCUGAUCUCCGACCGGACUGAGGCCUGGGUGCUGGAGACUGCUGGGAAAUAUUGGGCAGCAGAGAAAGUGGAGGGGGGAUACAGAAAUAUCUCCAAUCAGUAUUCCAUAACAACUAAAAUAGACAAGGAGCAUCCCGGAAUGAGGGAGUAUGCCAAGAGCCAGGGUUGGUGGGAUGGGAAGUCUGAGUUCGACUUCACUGGAGUUUAUUCCUUUGUGACCACUUCCCGUCUGGAGGCCUCUGGGAGCCGCUACUGUGAAGGAAAGAGACUUCUGGAGAAAAACAGCGGACGGAUCAACACUGAGACUAUGAUGGACAUCCUGAGAGACAAAGAGAGUGGAAUCAACAUGGAGGGCAUGUUCUUGAGCACGGGGAGUAUGGUGUCAGUGGUUCCUCAGGAUCCCAGUCUGCCGGGAAUCCACUACCUCACUGGCACCCCUGACCCUGAAAGGUCUGUGUUCAAGCCAUUCAUCUUUGUGAAUGACAUCAAGCAGCUGAAGCCCACCUGUUCUCCCUGCUACGGAGAGGACGACCCGGUGAAGAAGAAACCUCGCUUCCAGACCAAACCUGACCGCAAACACCCGCUGUUCCUCAAGCAUGAAGUGGUGGCCGCCAUCAUCGACAGCACCGGGGAGAGGGGGCAGAAGAUCAUGCAGAACAUGAGAGAGCUGGAGAAGGCCAAGAUGGAGAAGAUGGAGACGUAUCUAAAAGCAGGAGUGGGGGAUGCCACAACAGUCGUCAAUCUUUUUACAGACACUGUUGAGGAGGAGAUGAAGGUGUACAGUAAAAGUUAAAUUGUGUUGUUCUGGGUCAUGCUGUCCCUUAGGACUGUGAUCGGUCUUAAAAUUGCACUUUAAAUUGAAAAACAUUCAUGAAAUGCAGAGAGCAAUAAUAGUGUUGCACUUCAGAUGAGAAAAAAAAUUGAGUCACAAAUGUCAAUGUGUUAAAUGUGCUUAGGUUUACUAGAUCCUGUAAUUCAAUACUCUAACAUGACUGUGGAGAUUGCUGUGAAAUCUGCAGAAAAUAAAGGUUUUUACCUUC